GGGCCCAAUAUCAAAGUUUCAUCGAAGAAUAGAGGCACCAGUUUAUUUCUGAUGGCGGAAACACAGGGGAAGAAGAGAAAAAUGGCGGGUAGAAGAGGGGAGGGGGAUUUCAAUAAAACAGACCCCUCUUCGAACUGGCCACCCAUUAAACCCAAGCAGAAUCUUCAAGUCAACCUGCUGAAAGGAAAUGAUCUUUUCACCGUGCCAAGUUUUUUCACAUGUGUUGAGUCAAAAGCAUUCAUCAAGGCUGCAGAGUCAUUGGGUUUUCUUCAUCAGGGGAGCCUUGGUCCUACUAAAGGAGAAGCUUAUAGAGAUAAUGAUCGAAUCUCGGUGAAUGAUCCUGAUUUAGCAGACAUCAUUUGGCGUUCCGGGCUUAAUAAUCUAUUUGCCGAUAUUAAAAUUCGGGGCAAAAUUGCUGUUGGGUUGAAUCCAAAUAUCAGAUUAUACAGAUACAAGGUGGGUCAGCGCUUUGGACGUCAUAUUGAUGAAAGUGUUGAUCUUGGAGGAGGCAAGCGCACAUAUUAUACCUUGUUGAUAUACUUAAGUGGAGGUUCCAAAAACAAAACAAAAAACGAUACGAACAAUUCCAAAGAUCCUUCAUCUGAGCCUCUGGUUGGAGGGGAAACUGUUUUCUAUGGUUCAAGGAAUGGUGUUAUUGCUGAGGUGGCUCCUACUGAAGGGAUGGCUCUCCUGCACCUUCAUGGGGACAAGUGUUUGUUGCAUGAAGCUCGCAACGUUAUGAAGGGAGUCAAAUAUGUUUUCCGUUCAGAUGUCAUAUUCUCAUGAUUAGUUCAGGUUGUUGGUGACCUCAAUGGAAAGAAAAAAAAGAAAUCGAAUUAUCUACACAUGACCAAGAAUGUAGUACUGAUGAUUUGGUUGUUUAUACGCCUCCUGGUGUCGUGAAAACUGCAAAACAAUCACUUAGGUAGCCUCCUUAUUUGAUUGGAUGACCCCAACAUAUCUCGGUAAAGAGCUCGUUCAAUGUCGAUUUUUUUUAACGUCCAGGUUGGUUCCAGGAAUAAGCUAUAGAAUUCAGUGUAUCAUUUGUUUGAAAUGAAGCCUUCAUAAUCUUGUAAGUCGUAAUACGAAGUGGCUGGUUGAAUUAUAUCAUUACAUGACAUUCUACUGCAUAUGAUGCCACUCUGAUAUAUGUACCCUCGUCACUUUUCUGCCUAAGGAAUUUACUUUUCUAAA